UUGCUUCUUUCGCGUCCACUUGUACUCCAGACGCAGGUUGCAGAACUUUUCUAUAAAUUCCUAAUAGUGCAUACAGUAUUAGGCUCCAGUUGCUGGAAAUCUGGAAAUUAAUUAGUUGCCGUCGUCAAGAAAUUAAUGAUAUCAAGGAAGUAAAAAAAACUUCUAUAUGGAAAUGUGUUUUUCAGUGACCCAGAUUUUAAUAGACAACUUUCCGUGGCUGAAGAGCGCGGCGUGUCUUUCGCUCAGGCUCGGCAGCGUCAUUUCGGCCCAGUUAUUCAUUUUGUACUCCCUAUUCUCGAUACAAUACUGCUUCGUGGAGCUGUCACGACGUGCACCAUUGCUAGAUUUUAACAAGUGGGAGGCGCUUUUGACCCUCGGCAUCAUGAUCACUAUCAUCAUCGUCCAUGUCACGUCCUUUUCGCUCAGCGCUAUGAUGAUGCUGGGAGCUUUGAAGGAGCGUGCGGUCAUGAUAAAACCAUGGAUAGUAUUCAAGUCAGUUCAGCUCAUUGUAGUGGUAUUGCUGACGAUGUGGGUAAUCAUCAGGAAUUACGAAAUCGUCGGGCACAAAUAUAUUUUACACUUCCUUUGGAUCGCGAUUGAGUCCUACAUGCUGAUGAUCGUGGCGAGCUACUACAAGGAGCUGACAGAGAACAAGGCUGAGAGCGAGCGGUUAUACAGCAUAGAGAAAUUAGAGAGCACACCACUUUCCAGUGUUAAUAGUGUUAAAAAACCAAUAUUAGAGAUGAGCAUAAGGAAGAAAUUACCACACUUUUAUUAAAAUUACCACGCUAUUAAGCGGUCACAAAUCGAAUUUGUGAAAUCGCUGUGAUUUUUAUGCUAGCAUGGACCAAUAACUAAUAAUUCCAUCGCUGCACUAGGUUCCUUCGCGUUUGGAUACCACUUUCCACUUAACAUCAGGUGGAGUGGAGUAAUAAUAAUAAUAAUAAUAAAGUUUAUUUUUCUUCCACAAAAUAUAGCUAAAGAUUAGUUCACAAGUUUAAUUUUUAAGAACAAUAAUUUUGUGGGAGACUGAUGCCUAAACUAAGCAUAAAAAUGCCUGUGCGUCAGGCCACCAGGUUCCCACCUCUCAGUAAUACAAGUACAAGAAAGAAAAUAUUACAAGGUGUAAAAUACGCUAUAAUCACCAAUUAAGAAUAUUUAUGUCGCUUCUCAAUCCACAGAGUCUCAGAACAACUGAUUAGUUACGUGUACAGUAAUUUUUGUAGGUGUAACAUUGUACAAUAAUGCUAAAUAUAUACAAUAAUGUUGAAUAAAAAUUAUUUAUGAGACGACACUCAAAAGGUUUUCAGUAUCAU